GUUAUUUAUUUUCCUAUUUAACAUUUACUCAAUCGUGUAAAUUGCUUGUUAAAAUAUAGUCUUUAAUCUAUUGAGGUUGGAUUUAAGCUGUUUUUCAACCAUGGAAAAACAUUCCAAACGAGGUGACCUUUCUAAUCGUACUAGUCGUUCCGAUAACGAAGGGAAAUCUGCGUUAGGGCACGAGAGGGGCAAGAAAAGAAAAGGGUCCGACGUAUCCGCUGAAGUCCCGAAGAGAUCUCGGUCGGGUGCUCAGCCUGGUCCUUCUGCAAAGAACGGAAAUGAAAAGGCCACACGCAGUGCAGCAACCACUCGAGGCAUAAAUACUCCACGCAAAGCCCCAUUUACGUAUAAAGAUGAUACCAUUAAGGACGGGGGUGGUAGCACCAAGACAGAACACCACAGGGGGACCCACACAUCUGAUGCGCGUCCGGUUAAACCCAGGUCUGUUGUCGAUGAUGACAUACUGGUUGGGGAAGACCUUCCCGAACCAAAUUUACGCAGGGAUCGACACUAACUAUAUUUGCCUAAGAUCCUGACCGGACACCACUAGUUAAAAAGUUAAAAUCAAAAGACAAUUUGACUUUGUUUUCUUCUAAAUUAUAUGUGUAAGUAAGGGCUAAACGCGGUCUUUUUCCUGCUUUACAAGAAAUUUAUAUAACCUAUGGUGUAAAAGGUCGCUUGGGUUCUUUUGUUAGUAUUUAUAAAUUGUGUCAUAUUAAGCAUAACAAAUUUCACAAAAUGUGUCCUACUGAUAUGGAGGAAAUAUAACAACUACGAAUGAUGUGUUUGAAAACAUAGAAUACGCAACAGGCUUAACUUAAAAUUAAAUUUGAUUAAAAAUAAAUAAAAAUGAAAAUAAUUUAGAUAUAAUUAAAAUUACCAAAUCAAGCAAAUUUAAUAAAAUUAGAAUUAUAUUUAAAAUUUAAGUAAAAUUAUAAUAAAUAUUCAAUGGUAUUUAAAUCAAAAUUUAAUUGAAAUCGUCUCUCGUUCCAUAAUAUAACAUAGUCAGUUAUUGCUAUGACAAUUGGCAUGCUCUUAAUUUGGUUAGUUCUUUCUCGAAUGUAUCUUGAUUCCUAUAACCUGAUCAAGAAAUCCUCUUUUUUAUUUUAAUUGGGUGAUAUGAUUUACAUGUAAGAAGCGCCAACUUUGCAAUGGUAAUACAAUUUCGUUCACAAACAUCUGCGUGAGCAUAUUCGAGUAUGUAAUUGACCACUCAAGGGCAAAUUACACCAAUUCGGAAGUGAGUUCUCAUUGUUGCGUGUUUGUUUAUAUAUCUUUUAUUGAUACAUGGCAGAUUAUAUCGUAACUAUAAUUUUAUAUACAGAUUUUGUUACAAUUUAGCUUUUUAAUUAACUAGGAAUUACUCUUUAUAAUAAGUUGAGAACUGUUUUGAAAAGUGUUAUUAUA